CAGUGCGGCGGCGGCGGCUCGGGGGAACGGGGCCUUUUGUUUGGAGCGGCGGCGGGGGGGGCCCGGGAGCGGCGAGGCCGGCGGCCUUCCCCAGCUCGCUAGCUCCCGGCCGCCCCUCGCGGGGGUGGGGCGGCCGCCCCCUGGGCCGGGCCUCGUCUUAGGCGCCGCCGCCCCGCCCUUGGCCCGCCCCGCCCGGCCCGAGGGGAGGAACCGGCCGGGCCUCCCCUAGAGGCCCAGCCACCUCCGGAGUCGCAGCCAGAAGCCUCCGCUCACGGAACCCGAGGCUGCCUCUCGCCCCUCAGGCCGACGCCAUGAAGAUCAAGGAUGCCAAGAAACCCUCUUUCCCAUGGUUUGGCAUGGACAUUGGGGGAACUUUAGUGAAGCUCUCAUACUUUGAACCUAUUGAUAUCACAGCAGAGGAAGAACAAGAAGAAGUUGAGAGCUUAAAAAGUAUCCGGAAAUAUUUGACUUCUAAUGUAGCAUAUGGAUCCACUGGUAUUCGGGAUGUACACCUUGAACUGAAGGAUUUAACACUUUUUGGCCGGAGAGGGAACUUGCACUUUAUCAGAUUUCCAACCCAGGACCUGCCUACUUUUAUCCAAAUGGGAAGAGAUAAAAACUUCUCAACAUUACACACGGUGCUAUGUGCUACAGGAGGUGGUGCUUACAAGUUUGAAAAAGAUUUUCGCACAAUUGGAAACCUCCACCUGCACAAACUGGAUGAACUUGACUGCCUUGUAAAGGGCUUGCUGUAUAUAGAUUCUGUCAGUUUCAAUGGACAAGCAGAGUGCUAUUAUUUUGCUAAUGCCUCAGAACCUGAGAGAUGCCAAAAGAUGCCUUUUAACCUGGACGAUCCCUAUCCACUGCUGGUAGUGAACAUUGGCUCAGGAGUCAGUAUUUUAGCAGUCCAUUCCAAAGACAACUAUAAACGAGUAACUGGGACAAGCCUUGGAGGGGGUACUUUUCUGGGUUUAUGUAGUUUAUUGACUGGCUGUGAGAGUUUUGAAGAGGCUCUUGAAAUGGCAUCCAAAGGUGACAGCACGCAAGCUGACAAGCUGGUCCGUGAUAUUUACGGAGGCGAUUAUGAAAGAUUUGGUCUGCCUGGCUGGGCUGUAGCAUCUAGUUUUGGGAAUAUGAUUUAUAAGGAGAAACGAGAAUCUGUCAGUAAAGAAGAUCUAGCGAGAGCUACUUUAGUUACUAUCACCAAUAACAUUGGUUCUGUGGCACGGAUGUGUGCUGUUAAUGAGAAAAUAAACAGAGUUGUCUUUGUUGGAAACUUUCUACGUGUCAAUACUCUUUCAAUGAAACUUUUGGCAUAUGCACUGGAUUACUGGUCAAAAGGUCAACUGAAAGCGUUGUUUCUAGAGCAUGAGGGCUAUUUUGGAGCAGUUGGUGCACUCCUUGGGCUGCCAAAUUUCAGCUAAAGCAUCAGGUUUCUCUCUGCUAAUAAAUGUCAUCGAAGAGGAGCUGAAAACCAGAGGCAUUAUUACUGCAUUAUUUGUCACUGGGAACCAAAGGAUGAGAGAGUGGCACUAUGCCGGUUGAUCUGUAAAGGUCAAGAUGGUGAGCUGCUACUGUCGCCGUAUUAAAAAGAGAGCUCCGGUAACGUGAGGUGUUUCUGAUGGAAAUGCUUUCCCUUUUGUAUAUAGCCAGUGUUAAAUCCUUAAAUGCAGCACAGCCUCUGAUUGUGGAGCUUCCUCUCAAAAAGAUUUUCUAUUUAUUUUAUGUAGCCAACGUUGCAGUACUGUAUGUUCAAACGUGAAUCUUAAAAGUCUCAGAAAUGCUUAUUAGCUCAUGAAAAUAAUUGAUUCUGAGUAUUUGUUACAAGUCUGUUCUUUGUAUGUCUUGGUUACUAGUAAGUGGACAGUAACAUACUGUGUAUCAAAGCUUAGGGAAAUGGCAAUCAAAGAUGAUUUUUAUGUGAUUUUUAGAAUUGUUAAGGCAAUAUUAAUUAUUCAUUAUUGUUUUCUAGACAUAUCUUCUCCCCAAAAGCAUGCUCAUGUGAUCUUUCCCCAGAAGUAUAACCUUUUUCAAAUGCCAUAAUUGAAUUGAAAUACUAUUGUUAAACAUUAGCCUGAAUUUUAAAAUGAAUCCUAGAAAAUGCACAUGAUUGGCAAUACAGCACUUUUUGUGUUUUGAGUUAAUCAGUACGUUUAAAAAUGUUGAAUAAUUGGAGGCUUACUUAUGUAUUUGGAAAUCCGUUCAGUGAAGUCCCAGGGCAGGGCCAUUCUAAUGGAAUAUGUUCAUAUUGAUAGGGUUUUGUGCUCUUUCUGUGCCGCAUUUAUCUUAGCCCCAAACUUAGCAGUUUCUGUUUAAUUAGGUCUGAACCACCAAGCUAAAGACUUUCUUCUGUUAUGAACAGCAACAAAAUCAUUUAUUCUAAACGGAUGUUACGGAAAUCCAAAAGAUGAGUUGUUUUGAAGCGGGGGGAGUCUGAGGCAGUCCUGCAGAAUCAUAAGAGGAUCAGUGUUGCGUACAUUCUGGUAAUAAAAGCAUUAUAGUUACAAAAUUUAUAAAUUCUUUUGCCUUGGAAUUUAUUCUCUAUUUUGAAGUCAUUUUUUAUAAUCUUAUACAUUUUUUCAGAAUUUUCCUUUGGCAGUAACAUUUUGGAGGUCCAGUAGUGCAGCGAAGUUUUUCAAGACUAUUAGCAGUUUAGGAAGUCCAAAGACUUGGGAAAAAAUAUUCACCUCCUUAAAUUACCAGUAAAUCUGGAUGUGCUUUGAAGAGCUUGAAACUUGUUUACAUUACAGGAAGAAGGAAGUAUUAUGAUGUGUUUUUACAGAACACAGUUUUGCUCCAGAGAGAAUAAUUUUUAGUUGACUCUUAAGAGGUGCUUGAAAGAGACAUUUCUCCUUAUAGUUUUCAAAUUUUGUGCUCAAAUACUUAAAAUUUGGUUUUCUUUAUCUAUAGACUUGAACAUAUAAAUAAUAAGAGUGAAUAUUUAGAGGGAAAAGCCUGUGAAGGUAAUUUUUUAGAAUUUAGAAUCUUUGGAGCGUUGAAUUCAUGUCAGUCAGCGGUCAUUUUGAAAACCUGCAAUGACUAAACAUUUCUACUUUAAUGUUUCCAUUUUAGUGACUAGUUAUUUCAGCCAAAAGCCAUCUGUUUAAUUUAUUUUAGAGUCUGAUGAUUUGGGCAUCUGUACAAAAAAGUUUUAGUUUAAAUGAGAAACUUCACGUUUUAUACUUGUGGCAGACUGUACAUUGGCAGUUAGACACGUGGGGCCGUCUUUAAGAAAGAAAUGGAAAGGUCAAGGUAUAUAUGAGUUAGUUUGAUCAAUACUUUUGUUAAUUUGGAACUGUGAUGCAUCCUUUUUCUCUUUUGAAAAUGAAGUUACCUGCUAAAAUGCACAUGAAGUGAACAGCUGUCUCACCACUGUUGCGCUUGGCUUUUCUCUUGUAGAAUCUAGACUUGCUGGAGUAAUCCUAAAAAGCAUUUCUAAUAAUUGUACAGAAUUGUGAUGAAGGCCACCAGGAUUCUAGUUUUUUAUUAUGACCUCAGGAAACCGCUUGUAAGCAUACAGUGGUGGUAAAUAGUUUCGGUUCUAAUCCCAGUCAACCUAAUGCCUCAAGGCUCUUAUGUUCUUGAACAGUGCUAAUAGAAAUGUGAGCCACCUGUAAUUUUGCAUUUUCUAGUAGGCACAUUUAGAAAGCAAAAAUUACUAAAUUACGUAUUUCUGUUUAACCCAGUAUGUCAGAUACGUUAUUUCAACAUAGAAUCGCUAUAAAAAGGUAUUUGGGAGGUUUUUUGAGGGGAGGGGGUGCCUAGUCUUCAAAGCCAGCGUUAUAUUUAACACUUACAGCACAACUCAACUCAGACUAACCACAUUUCACGUUCUCAGUAGCCACGUUUGGGUAGUGGUUCCUGUGUUAGUGCAGGUUCUGGAACUAGCCCUUCAAGAUGAACACUAUCAUGUAUUCACUAAAACUUCAUUAAUACGGGCUUUUUAAAGAAUGUUAGAGAGGGGACCAUAUGGGAACCUUAUUUUUUAAAUUCAUGAAGAGCGAUGAGAAGGACCUCAUUUGGCCUGGUUUAUUUCACUCCGUCCAGCUAUAUUUCUGACCAUUCCAAAAACACCUUGUAUCGCCUCCUGCCGUCUCAGCAUAGUAUGUGUCAUUUUUCUAAUGAUACCGAUAAAGUUGCUCAAGACACAUCCUGACCAUCCUCAUCUGUCUUCAAAAUGUGUAUUUCCUUCACUGAAGUAAAUUUGAUGAUUUUAAUGACUUUAACUCUCCCCCCUGCCCACCUUAUCUAAUUGAACUUUGAGAAGCCAAUUUUAAAGGACUAAAUAAAGAGACCCUUUUAAUUCUUCACUGAGUUCCAUGUACACAAAGAGAAUCUUCUUUGUAACUUUGGAUUUAAUUUUCAUUUUUAAAAAACUGCAGUAACAUUUUCUAACGCAAGGAGCAGUCUCAGUUUGUUCUGGGGGCUUGGUAAAGAACACAGGGUCUAGAACUUCCCACCACCACUACCCCUUCCCCCAAAAGAUUGAUUGCCUUUUAACGAGACUUUCAGAACCAGUGGCCUUUGGUCCUACACCCCAGCGCCUCCGAAGACAAAGUGCUAGUAGACAUCCCUGCCUGUUGAUGCGGGCAUGCUCGCUCAGCUGCUCUAGUUUAAAUAGGUGGGCUCUUAGUUUAGGUAAAGUUAGUGCCGUCGCCAGUAAUACACAUGGUAUCUGACAGUCCUAGAGGUUCAGGUUAUUUGCCAAAUAUUAGACUAUGAAGAUUCCUGAGUUGUUUUUUUUUUUUUUUUACCUUUGUGUGCAAAUGUGAUUGGUAUAUUGUAAGUACCAGCUCUUGAAAGUCCAUUUCUGUAAGAAAAAUGGUGCAGCUCAAAGGGAGAAGGUUUUCCUCUGUGUCCAGCGGUACCCCUGCCUUCUAAGAGCAGUCCAUCCCAUCUUGCCUUGAUUUCGAAGGUUGCAUGCUUGGGUGGAAAGCUUUAGCAAGGCAGCAGUUUCCAGAUGUCCUUUAUAGCCACUCUACCUGUUAUGUGCAAAAUUUUUCAAAUUUUGUUCAGCGUGACAUUUUUCUGUUGAGCACUUUAUCCUUUUUAGUCUCUUGCACCUGAGAAUGUAGUUUAGAAAUUCUUUCUCCUUUAAAGCCAUGUAAAAACCGAUAAAGGAUAAUCACUAGAAAGAUGAGUGAUGCGUUGUUUUGCAUUUCACUCACUGUUUUGUGGUAUGUGUAACGAAUAUGAGAAACAUACCACAUUUUUGUAGUCGUGCUCUUUGUCUUUAUGAGACGUGAUAUGCCCUGAAGUGUCAGUCGAUGUCCUGUUUUCCCAGUAAGCUUGUUUAUUUUAGGGUAUUUUAUCCUACUGCGGAAGGGAUUCAGCCAGCUUUGUUUCUAUCAUCAGAUAACCUCAGAAAAUAAUGUGCUUUAUCUGUAUCACUGCCUGUUUUUAAUGUUUUAUAUUUCUACUGAGCCUAGUAGUUGAUCAGCAAAGACCCCAAAAUGUGAGUAAUUUUUUUUCCUCCUUUAAGGUAUUUGAAUAGCCUAUUGAAGAUAAUGGUUCUGUGAAAAAUAAACCAUCCCAGCUUUUCGACCGUAUCUAAAUUUUCAGUGAUUUCCACUUCCACGAAGCCCAAGUGUCUUCUUAAAGCAGUCCCGUUGUUCCUGUUACCUGUCUUCAGUGGUCGUGGGGUCAAUAACUUGAUAUUGUAACAGAAAAGGCACCAGCCACUGGUCUGACUUCUCUGAAUAUUAUUUUUUUUUAUUUGUGAAAUGAGGGUUUGAUUUGUUUUCAGUGGGAAGUGACUGGAUAAUGAUCAGGAUCUUGAGAAAGGCAGUUGCUCUGUUCAUUGCAGCGUUUGAAAUGACAAAAACAAUUCUUUCAGACAUUCAGCGUCAUGUUUUAGAGUUCAUUUUAUUUGUAUAUGUUGAGAGGUACUAGAUUUCGGAUUCUCACCAAACCACUAGAGUUAGUUAUUCUCUCAUAAUGUUAUGUUAUUGCCUGUAAUGGCCAAGUAGUAGCUAUACCUUAAAUGAAGGGUUUAUAUCUGUGUAUAUAUAUAAAAAAUUGGAUGUGUAUGUGCUUUAAUCUGUAAAGGUAUCUAAUUUUUAUUGUGCUAUAACUUCAGCAUUAUAUGGGCAUUAUUAUAACUUUCCCAUUGUACAAAAAGAAACAUACCACUAAAUUUAUGGAUGUCUGAAAUUAGGUAUAUUGGGGGUUCUUUUAGCGGCCCUUUUCUUUAAGCUGUUUCUUACUUCUGAUCAUUCUGAGUGGGGAUGGAUGUGGGAUAAACCCCUCCUGGAGUUAUUUACUGCUUUUGUCAAACACAGUUCAUAGUGGAAUGUAUAAAGCACAGUUUUAAUUGCCUGCAAGUGAGUUGAAAUGGAGUGUAGUCAUCUACAUCAAAUAGGAUAAAGACCCAAAAUACCUUUAUCCUUAGGAUUGCCUGAGAAUAAUCAGAUUGGACAUGUGUGUGGUAUUUCCAGCUUACUAUGUAAAAUAAAUGUACCAGUGAGUCGAUACUGGGACUUCAGGUACAACAGUUGGUGCUGAAUGAUGUGUUUGAGAGGAAACCAAUUUUUUUUUUUCCUUUUAAGAAAAAAAAAAACCCUAAAAAUCUUUACAUUCUGACUCUUUCUGUAGUCAAAAGGUUAUUUCUGGUUUUAGAUUUUCAGUCUUCUUGCUGCCAGUCAUUUUAUGUUCAGAAGAACUAAUGAGGCAUGUAUUUUUCAAAGGAGUGAAUGAAGGUAAAAUUCAAGGUUUUGAGUUGUAUAAAUAAGCAGCUAAAUUUCAAAUCUAAGAUAUUGCUGAUUUUUUUUCCUAUUUCUUAACAUUUUUCAUACAUAGCAGUGCUUAUAGUACGAGUAGCUUUCAAAGAAAACAUUUCAGUUUUUUAUAAUUUGUAAAAUAUACAUAUAUAAUAAUGCAGGUAGUUUGAGAUUAAUUUAGCUUUACAUGCUGUCUCUGAAUCAUCGGGAUCUCACACGUCACACAGUUGGUAAUUGUCACAAAUAUGCAGCCAUUUGAAAUUUGCCACUUUUUUUCUUUAGUUUACAACAUUUGGAAACAAAAGAUAACUUUAUAGACCUAACAUCAAUAUUCUGGUCUCAUUGUCCCAAAUAUAAUUAAUGGAAUGUGGAUAUAAGUGAGGUUAAGAUGGUUUUAUCAUUUUUAUGUACGUUAUGUGCUUUGACUUUAUUUGAACUACAGUGAAACUUGGACUUUUAACUGAAGUUGAAUGACUUUUGUCUUCUGCCCAGGUAUCGACCAAAUCAUACGUUGAAGUUUAUAUGUGUUAAUUUUACUUACAGAAGCCAUUUCUGUCUAAGUUGCCUUAUUCUAUCUAUUGCAUUGUUCUUGCCAAGUCUAAGCUCUGUCUUGUUGGAAUUCUUUUAACACUGAAUCUGUGAUGUAAAAAUGUAUAAUGUGCUACAAAUUUUAUUCAUAAUAAACUAAGUUAUAGCCUAUUAUAACCUAUAAAACAUUUCUUGUAAAUUGUCUAAUUUAUUUUUUCAUUUAUGUACAGUUUCUUAUAUAAAUUUUUAAAAUAAUUGUUGUGGUCUGUUCUAUAAACAUUCCUGUUCUCUUUUCCUUAAGGCUUAUUUGCAUGAAAGAAACUUGGGUUUUGCUUGUUGGUAUUAUAUGGCCAUUAGGCCAACUUCAGGACUCUGUACCUUUUAUGUAGUCUAACUUUUUCUAGUUUUGUUCAUAUUCUAAAUAAGUUAAAAUCAUGCUUUUUAUUUCUUACUUUGCAAAUAAAUUCUCUAAGUUGUUUACUAUA